GGCUUUUGGAAGAAAUUAAGCGAUUAUCGGGAGCAGCCGACUGUUUAUUACAAACAACGUUUCAUCGUAAUACUGAAAGCAGAAGAGCAUGCCAAAUAUUACAUGUGGAGUUCAUAUCCAUUACUGAAUCAAGCUGAAGAAGAACAUCUGCGAAUAGCCGUACUCGAAAUGCAAGAAAACGAUUUUAACGAUGACGGAAAACCUGAUCUGGUUAAGCUCUAA